AUGCUUAGAAUUGCAAGACCUAUUGUUGGGCUACGUGGUAUAAGCUCCCACAUUACGAGAGUGCCAUUUGCUGUAUCUGCAAGAUCAGGAGCCAGAUGCUAUUCCUCGGCACCUGCUAGCAACGGCAAGAAGCUGGGUCUUUUGGCCGUUCUCGGAGUUUUGGCGGUAGGAACGACACUAUACUCGGCCACGACGCCAGUGAAGCCCCCUCGAGCUUAUAUCGAACCUGUACUGAGUCCAGCAUUCAAACCAGGCGAAGUCUCGGUGCUUUUUGUGCUCGGAGGUCCAGGCUCUGGCAAGGGCACGCAGUGUGCAAAAUUGGUGGCCGGCUACGGAUUUGUGCACCUUUCAGCAGGAGACCUUCUCAGGGCGGAGCAGCAGAGGCCCGGCUCCAAGUAUGGAGAGUUGAUUGCCCAGUACAUCAAAGAUGGACAGAUUGUGCCUCAGGAGAUUACCAUCGCACUGCUAGAACAGGCAAUGAAGGAGGAAUUUGGCAAGGGUAAAACCAAGUUCUUGAUUGACGGGUUCCCUAGAAAGAUGGACCAGGCGAUCACCUUUGAAGAGCAAGUGGCCCAGUCUAGCUUCACCUUGUUCUUCGACUGUCCCGAAGCCGUGAUGUUGAAGAGACUGUUGGAGAGAGGAAAGACCAGUGGUAGAACGGAUGAUAAUGCUGAGACCAUCUCCAAGAGGUUCAAGACCUUUGUGGAAACGAGUUAUCCGGUAGUGGAGUACUUCGAUAAGCAGGGCAAGGUGAUAAGGUUGUCUUGUGACCAGCCCGUUGAAACUGUUUAUGGUCAAGUUACUGCUGCUCUGAAGGGCAAGGAGAUUAUCUGA